AUGGACGACACAAGUGGCUGUACUUCGCUAACUGCGGAGUCAGACUCUCAAAAUAACAUUGCCAGUAUCCCUAACGCGACUUCUGUCACAGAUGCUGACAAAGUAAUAAACAAUAAAAUAGAUAGUACCCAGGUUGAAGGAAACAAAGCUGAAGAGGCGCUACUGAAGUGUCUCCUUACAGACAGUUACUGCCAUGUGUGUGAGGCUGUGCUGCUGUUUAAGUCACAGCGGCUGUCUCACUAUGAGGGAAAGAAACACGCUCAGAAACUCAAGCUGUACCUGCAGACCAAAAAAGCAGAAAAGUCAACAGGCGCCCAGCAGACGAUGAGUAAUGAUAAAGAUCAUUUCUGUGAGCUUUGCAACAUGGUUUUUAGCUCAUCUGUGGUGGCAAGAUCACACUAUGAAGGCAAAGUCCAUACAAAAAAUCUUCGUAAACAAAGUCUUCACCUAUCAGAGAAGUCUACAGAAGUGCAUGCUUCAUCAGGUCUCCAACAGGAUCCUGAUAAGUCUCAGCAAAAACCAUCCUCAGAGGGUGUUGUGGAGCAUGAUUUGGAUCCAGCAGUCACCAGUGCUACAUGUAGCACAGAGGUUGAUUUGAAGGAUCCCAACAAGUACUGUGCCCUGUGUACUGCCUCCUUCACCAAUCCCCAUGUAGCCUUGCAGCACUACAGUGGACGCAAACACCAGAGGAAUCAGGCCAGACAGGAGCUGCUCAAACAGCUAGGACACAAUGUAGAACAAGGCAGUUCCUUGAUGUGUCAGAUGUGUAGUAUGCAAUUUAACUCUGUGGAGAUGUACCAGGACCACAUGCAGGGAAACAAACACCAGAUAAAGGAGAAGAAAGUCAUCGAUCUAUGCAAAUCCCAGCAAAAACUGUACAGCACAUUUGCAGAUGAACUGGCUGAUUACAUUCAGGUUCAGAAGGCUCGUGGAAUCACUCCUAAGACUAAUCAGGUCCUCCCUCAGGAUACCAUGCAAAAGGAAGAUGAAGAUGAAGAACGGGAAGUAUUAAAUAGGAAGAGUAUGGUGGAACUAAAUAAACCUGUGUCCAACCUCCUUCCUACCUCCAUUUCUCCUCAUCAGUCCCACUCUGGUCAUUACUCUCCACUUCAAAUGGGGUGUUCAUCGUUUCAGGGCCCACCCUUGCCGUCACGUGCCUCAAACUACAACUAUCCUCCUCCAGUUGUUCGUAACUCAGGUCCUCCACCGCUCACUAGUUGGCCCAUGAGAAGAAGGCAGAGAAGGUCAAGCUCUUCCUCCUGUACUACCUCAUUAUCUUACUCCUCCUCCUCCUCGUAUUCCUCCUCCAGCAGUAGUGAAAGUGACAGUGAUCAUAGUGAAUAUAGGCACAGAGAAAAGAGGCAGAUUAAAACAUCCCAUAGGGAGAGAGUGAGGAGAGGAAGGGAUGAGGAGAGGAGGAGGAAACGCCGGAGGAGGGAAAGAGAUGAUGACUCAGAGGAGAGAAGAAGAGAGCAAUCUGUUGAGUCGGAGGAGGAGAGGAGCAGGAAAAAGUCAAAAAUUCAUGGCAAGUGGAGACGAAAAGAAAAAAAAUCCCUUAAGGAAAACUUUAAAGUGGAAAGAGGAGAUCAAGUUAUGGACAAAUUAAAGCCAGAAGUCAUGAUGAAGAAUAGCAAAGAGACUGAACUGCAUAUUCAGACUGAAAUUAAUGUUAAGCAAAGGGGGGGUGAAGAGGAUGAGUCCAUUAAACCUAAAUACAGAAAAGAGAAGAAGAAGGCAAAGGAGAAAGCAGACACUAGGACAGAGGAGGAAAAGCUGUGGGACGACUCGAUUCUGGGGUGUUAAACUCUGCAGGAGCAGCUGAAGUGAACGGUAUUCUGGACUACUUUUGGCAAACAUUUAUUGUAAGCAUGACAUUGAAAUUAAUAAUAAGCUAUAUUAAAAUGAUUUAAAAAAAAUCCUGUCAGCAGGUAGCAAAGGCCUUUUCUAUAUCUGCUCUAAUAACCGAAAAGUGUUUUCUUAUACACGUUUGCUAGCUGGCUAGCCAUGUAGAGUCAAUUUGUAUGUGUAUAAGAAAUGAAUGUAUUUCGUUUGUAUCUGGAGGAGAUUCAGCAUUAAUUUUAUACUAUGACACUUUAUAAUAAGUUUGGUUUGUGUGUACAGUGAGUUGAUGGCUGUAAUGUUUAGCACUGUUUGUUUAUGAAGUACUCUUAACUCAUCACUAAGGUAAAUUUGAUUAUGGAUGCGUGCAUCUGGUAUGGACUUGGUAGAUUGUCAUCCCUUUAGCAGUCUCUGGUUGGCACUGUUGAGCUUCAUCCAUUUCAUCAGUACUGAAAAUAAAAGCUCAUAGAUGUCAGAA